CGCGUCGCGUGCGCGGAUUCGCGAAAGGCGCGCACGCGAUUACAACUUCCACGCAACGUUGAGGAGCAGGGGAAGUUGUUAAAGAAAACUUAUCUUUGGCGUUGUUCAAGUCGUCGAGUGUCUUGCGAGGAGAGGAGUUGCGGCCGCAGGGUUCGAACGUCUAAAGUCUUGCGACGAGCCGCGCACGCGUGGCGGUGCCUUGCCCUGCUGUUGGAACGUCGCGCUCCGGGCAGGAUGGCGGGCAGCGUGCCGGCGUUCGUGCGCGUCGCCUUCUCCGACCUGGAGUUCUACGAGCACUGCGGCGGCGGCAGCUUUGGCAGCGUGUACCGCGCGCAGUGGCUCUCUCAGCGGCGCGAAGUCGCCGUCAAGAAACUGCUCAAGAUCGAGAAUGAGGCCGAAAUACUGAGCAUUCUCAGUCACAAGAAUGUGAUCAAGUUUUUCGGCGCUGUAACGGAUCCACCAAACUAUUGUAUCGUUACUGAGUUUGCGGCCAAGGGGUCCCUGUUUGAGUUCUUGGCAAAGAAGGAAAGCGACAACAUGGAGAUUGACCAGAUUUUUGCCUGGACUACGGACAUCGCGAGAGGAAUGAACUACUUGCACGAAGAGGCUCCAGUCAAGGUCAUCCACAGGGACUUGAAAUCUCGGAAUGUUGUGAUAAGUUCUGACGACAUUCUCAAGAUCUGCGAUUUUGGCGCUUCACGCCUGCACUCGCACACCACCCACAUGAGCCUGGUGGGCACCUUCCCCUGGAUGGCGCCCGAGGUCAUCCAGAGCCUGCCCGUGUCCGAGACGUGCGACGCAUUCUCCUUCGGAGUUGUGCUGUGGGAGAUGUUGACUCGGGAGGUCCCCUUCAACGGCCUGGAGGGUCUGCAGGUCGCCUGGCUGGUGGUGGAGAAGAACGAGAGGCUGACCAUACCCAGCAGCUGCCCGCCGAGCUUUGCAAACCUCAUGAAGGAGUGCUGGGAGACCGAUCCAAAGAAGAGACCCACCUUCAAGCAAAUCCUGCAGAUGCUGAACUCCAUGGAGCAUGACACCCUCCUCUCCAGCCUCUGCAACUCCUUUCUGCACAACAAGGCGGUCUGGAGGGUGGAGAUAGAGGCGACGUUGGAGCGACUCAAGAAGCUGGAGCGAGACCUGAGCUGCAAGGAGCAGGAGCUGCGGGACCGGGAGCGGCGCCUCAAGAUGUGGGAGCAGAAGCUCAAAGACCAGGGCUCGUCCUACACAUCUACAUCCUGUUCUCUUUACUCCUGGAGCGAAACGGAUGUGGCCGACUGGAUCCGCCAAAUUAGUUCGGAGGCGAACGGAGACCUUGCGGUGUACGCGGAGCUCUUCCAGCAGCAGCACAUCACGGGGCAGAGGCUGCUGCUGCUGGAGGACAGCGACUUCCUCGCCAUGGGCAUCAAGUCGCGUGGCCACAUCCUGCACCUCAAGAAAGCAAUCGGGAAGCUCUACCAGAAAUUCAUGGACCUGGUUCAUUUCCCACCUCUCAUGCAGGAGCUUGAACCCGUCUCUCCUCCCGAUUCCAGCGAGGAAGAGGUCACCUUGGAGCUUGUCAUUGGCUACCACAUCAUCCCAGGAAAAACACUGCAGGACUGCAAGUGGAAGAUGUACGUGGAGGUCGAUGGCGAUGACACCUUCAUCAAGGAAGUGAAUUUCCACCUGUCGGCGCCUGCGUCGAACACCGUCAAGCUCUCGCAGCCACCGUUUGUGAUGUCGCGAUGGACCGUGGGUCUCGCCGAGGGCCAGACAGUGGAGUGUGUCGUCACCUACGCGGACAGCGUGCGGUCGCCGACGUACACGCGGCACGUGCACGCGGUGCGCGCGGGCGACGCCGCCGCCGCCGCGCCGCACAUCGAGAGCGUCGCGCUGCGUGUCAAGCCGGCGCCGCCGAGCCGUGGCCGCAAGACUCCGUCGAGCCACAGCAGGCGCAGCUCCGUGAGUCCACUGCCGGGCGCCCCGAGUGACCUGCACGGCUGCUGGAGAGACCGCUGGGAGAGGCACGCCGUCAUGCCUCCCGGUAUCGGCGGGAACCUACUCCCGUCGCCAUCGCUCUCACCAGUCGGGAUUUUCCUGCCGUGCAGCGGGGCGAUGUCGCCGCGCAGGAGCGGCAGCCCGGUGUGCGUCACUCCGCACCUCGCGCCGGUCAAGACGCCCGGCGCGCUGCUCUCGCCGCCCGCCCGCUACAGCUACGCGUCGGUGGUGCGGCGCGCCAGCCAGCCGGGCCGCGCCGUCGGGGUGGACGGCUUCUUCCCCGAGCUGCCGCCGUCGGCGUCGCCCCGAGCCGCGGCGGCUCCGGCGGCGCAGCAGGACGGACUCAAGCCCACGGAGCUCGCCUGGUUGCAGUUGCAGCUCUCCUCCAUUCAGCUUGCGCAGCAGAAGCACGGAAUCUUCAGGGAGGACAGCGGCUACAGCAUCUCCACGGAGGACAGCGUGGCUUCCACGAACCGCCAGAUCAGCUGCGGCUACGUCAGCGGCGACGAAAGGGUCACGUCGACGGCCAGCGUCGGCACGACCCGGCGAAGCGCGAGCGCGAGCUCCGCGCAGGGCCUCUCGCUGCCCGGAGGUUACCAGAGGGGCAGCGGCAGGCCCCCUCCGUCGCGGGGGGGACGGUGGAGCGGACGGGUCAGAAGCGGCGGUGGCGGCGGGAGGAACACGGGAGACGGCGUCGGGGACCCGCCCGUGUCCCGGCAGGGCUGGCCGAGUCGGCCCGCGCAGAGAGGAGCCGGCGCCCACCACAACCGACGGGGACAGUGGCACUCGGCCGGCCGGGCGGAGCCGAACUACGGGACGGCGCCGAACCGCAGCGUCGACGGCGGUCGGGCGGCGAGCGACGGGGCGGCGCCGGGCGGCCCCGAGCAGGCCAGCGACUGGAUCAAGGUGGAGCGGCACAAGCGGCAGUUCAGGACGGAGAGCGCGAGGAGGCCGGCCGUCGGGCCCGGCAGGAGGCACGGCGGCGGCAGGAGAGACUACUGAACGGUCCACCCCCCCCGUCUUUGUAAAGCACUUAGCUGAUAUUUAAUUAGUUUAUGCCAAAAGCAACUCGAGAGAACAAAGCUGCAGAUAAGUCAGACUUACAAUGUUUUUUUUGCGUUUCGUAUAACUGUAGUAAUGAUUACACUGGUCAACAAAAAAAAAAAAUUCUGGCCUGGACUUUUGCAGCUGUUCUAGACUAAUUUCAGGGUGCUGAUUCCAAAUCUGAUCUCAGAUUUGCUCUAUCACAUCUCAUUUUAUGCUAUCGGCAUACCCCAUUUUCAUUGAUUUUACCCGAAAUUAACUCUGUCACUUAUGAUUGCAAGUUGUUGCGAGUCAGUGACUGCUUUGGUGUUAAAAUAUGGUGCUGUAUAUUUAGGAUAGUUUGUUUAUAAUAUCAUUUUAUGUAGAUAUCCACAUUUAUUUAAUAUUUUUCGUCUGCAGUUUUUAUUGAAAAUGCAAUAUUUGAUAUCUCAAAAACCUGAUGUGAUACACAAAAACUGAUGCCAGAUUUGGAAUCAGCACCACAAAAUUACCUUAAGCCCGUUGGAAUACCUUGUGCCAGAACAAGUGUGUUGACCAGUGUAAUAAAAGCACUGUAUACGUCACUGGAACCACUGCAACAAUAUGUGCUGCUCAAACAGUUAUAUCUUUUUGACAACCGUCAGGGUUUUCCAUGCCACAGCUUUACUCAGUGGCAUUUGACAAAAAGCCAUUUUCAUCCAAUGUUUGUUGUACGUAUGUUGAACUUCCUUUGCGACGCACCUAGCCAACCGUGAUAAUCAGGAGGUUACGGGGGAAGGACAACAAACUCAACACAAAAAGCAGUUCUAAAGAUUUGAGUUUUGUUGUGCCAUUCCUCCGCUCCGCUCGGAUUUAUGUAGUGUUGCACGAUGUAAAUACGUGUCCGCAAGGGGAAGUCAUUGAACUGAAUUUGGUGGAAAUAAUGAUUGUAUCUUUUUAUACUGUUCAAAGAUACUGCUCUAAAGUAGAACACACUUUCAGUGUGUAUUUGAGAUAAAUUAAUAAAUGUAUUUAUUUUUGAUGACGUGUACAUAACCGCCGAUAACCAAAUUACAUGAAAUGCGCCGAUCCCAGAAGCUAAGCAGGUUUGAGCCUGGAUAGUGAUUGUAUGGGCGACCGCAAUGCAGAAAAGGGCAGUGCAGCACACGCUCUCUGCCUUCACCAACCCGCACUGACCAACGUGGUGAAGUAUGGUCAAACAACUCCCAUGACCAGCACAGUGGGGUGACCCUCAUGCAGCAGUGAAUUCAUGAAACUGCUGACCGUGUAUUUAUCAUCGUCUGCGUAUAACUGUUACAGUUCUAUAUGUGAAUACAAUAUAAAAAUGUGAUGUGGGCUAAUCGAUAGGACCUUUUAAAAAAAAUACAUUUCCUCCAAGGCUGGUGUUUGAUUUACAUUGCAUACACGCACACGUUUCAUAAAUGACAGUCGAGGCGACAGAGUCUGUCGCCUCGACGGACCUGGUUUUCACCUGAGGACGGCUGCUUGCGUUGUGGCCGAAACGUCGUGAGAAUAAUUUUAUUAUGUUUUAUUUUUAUUAUUUUAUUACUUCCCUUCUACGUGACUUUACCGAAAGAACCAAGAAGAUGAAUCCCUGCAGUCACGAAAGCUUUAAAUCAAGAUCUGAGCUGCCUUGGGAGUGCUUCGUCCAGUUGUGGAUCGGAUCGGCCAUGGCUGAUGAUGGAAACUUCCUCUAUACCAGGAGAUCUAUAGCUUCGAUGUGCAAAUCAUCAUAAGCCACGUUUGCAUGCAAGCUUGCAUGACCCUGUGAGUUUAAAUGGAUGGCACUUUUGAUUUGCGUUGAAUGAAUAGUGUGCAUAUUGUUGUUCCUCUUCAGGUUUUGAGAUCUUCACGGUGUGAAUUGCGCCGACAGUAUCCGCUCGUUCUUCGCGAGGGGGACACGUUCUGGAGAUGCUUGUGAAUGGGAACAUUUCGCGGACAGUGGUAUUGGCCUACGAAUUACCUUCAAGAAAUACACAAGCUAUGAAAAACAGGAAAAUUAUGAUAACACGAAAAAAUUGGUCAAAUAAACAUAAUGUUAAUACGAAUAAAUAUUAAAGUAUUAAAUAAUAGUUUAUAAAUGAACUUACCUUAAAUGGUGAUGAUGAUGCUGCUGCGCAGUAGGAUGCAGUAAUGAUGAUGCUGACGACGAUGACAAUGAUGAUGAUCAUUGUGAUAUCGUUCCUGCUCCUAUCUCAUCACUUUAUCGCAUCGCUUUCCCUACUCUCGAUGCGGUUGUGUGGAGUUCCAGAUGCGAUUCGCGGAUAACAAGUUCGUGAAUAACGAGGGAAAGCUGUAUUUGUCGCCAUGUGUACAGCAAUAAGCCGGUGUAUUUUAAUAAAAUUUGACUAUAGACAA